AUGCUGGCUUUGUGUAGCACUACCAUUCGUUUUGGUGUUCUGAUUAUUUUGGCAUGUAUCCAGGUGAGUCUUUCACAAACAGUUGUUACCAUAUCGGGUGCUUCAUCCGGUGCAUCAAUGGCCAACCAAAUGCACUUCGCAUUCUCAAAUGAUAUUAGCGGUUGUGCCGUUCUAGCUGGCCCACCUUAUUAUUGUGGUGGGAAUAUCUUGACAGCUGCAGCAUGUAUGACUGGUCCAGUGACAUCGAUUUCAGUAUCAUUGCUUGAACGGAAAUUGAGAUCCUUCGAGAACAAUGGAAAUAUUGAUAGCCUAGCUAACAUAAAAGAUGAUCCAGUUUAUAUCUUUUCCGGUAAAUAUGAUCCAAUAGCUCUUCCUGGUUUAGUCAAACUGAAUGAAAAGCUCUAUUCGCCAUUCGGCGCUAACAUUAAAACCAAUUACGACUUACCCGCUACACACGGAUUUCUUACUGAAACCUAUGGUGGUAGCUGUGCGAUACCAAACCUUGACACUUAUAUCAACAAUUGUAAUUUCAGUUUAGCCUAUGAUUUAUUAAAUCAUCUUCAUGGCAAUCAUUUGAUCAAACCGAGAUCAGGUUUCGUUACUCCACUCAUCGGUCAAAUGAUACUGUUUGACCAAGAGGCAUUCAUGUAUCCUCCGGCAUUAUUAACUUAUGGUAACGAACCUUCGUCUAGAUGGCUGGUCGACAGUAUUUCAUUGUACAACCCGAUCGACUGGGGUUGGUCAACAUCAGGUCUUUUUAAUUGGACACUAUACAGUGUUGUAGUGCCCACGCGAAACAGAGCAGCAAAAACACGUGCUUCCUCGCUGAGUUUGGACAAUGAUGGAUUUGCUUAUUUUCCGUCAGCAUGUGCCAAGGGUCUGGAAUGUUCCAUUCAUGUAGCACUACAUGGAUGCAAACAAGGCAAAGCCUAUGUCGACGAUGUAUUUGCCCGAAAGGCAGGCUAUUUGGAAAUAGCCGAACUCAACAAUUUGAUUGUAAUUUUCCCCCAAGUUCGUUCCUCACUGCUCUUCCCAACCAAUCCAAUGGGUUGUUGGGAUUGGUGGGGAUAUACAAAAAAUAACUUUGCUACAAAAAAUGGCCCUCAAAUGGUCGCUGUGAAGUCGAUGAUCGACACUGUGCGCAUGAUUAAUCGAGCUAUAGUGAGCGCUGUCUCAAAAUAA